GGGUCUCUGAUUCUGGUAUCGAGGACAGCAACAGUGAAGCAGGGCCGAGUCUGAGUUCGGAGUCGUCUGCUUUUUCACCCGACGGCAGUAUUCCACCCUUGCCUGAAGUGAAAACUUCAAUAUCCGGUCCUGUAGCGGCUGGAAAUAAGGGCCGACGUGACGCAAACCUGAGGUACGAUGCUCUUGCGCCACAACUCGAUGAGUUGCGCUGUGGCUUACCUAUAGUAGCCGAACUGCAAGUCCUUCCGACUCCGAUUCCGAAAUUCAAAUUAUUUCGUUCAGAGUAGGAGGCAACGAGGUGAAGAAAAACGAACGCCUGGAAGAAAGUUCACAUAAGCUUGCUCAGGUCAAGAGCGAAGUACCUGCACACGGCAGCACUUCUGGACAAGAUGGCGAUGAGCGAAUCUCCUUGUCCGAGAAUAUACCUAGCUUCUCGAAACCAAGAACGGUUUCUUCGAUGCGCCGAGACCAAGCCAUGGCCGAAUUGUGUGGAGACUGGUCGUCUAGCAUGCGAAGUUCCUCUAUGGCUCCCAGCUCUGACGAUGACAGACCCAAUGAGCCUACGGACGUUAAGGAGGUUGUAAAGGCCUCGUCAUCAAGGACUGAAGUCAGACCCCCUCGUACGCGAACGGUCGGUGCAUUGCGAGGACAGAGACCCACCAGUCAACGACCAUCCAUGUCAACUUCCCUCAAAAGAAGCACUGCAGCCGCACCCAGUGGUGUACCAUCCCAACCUGGUAAACGGAACAACUGUCACACUUCUGACCACACGUCAUCGACGGAGGACGGAAGUGAAAGCGAUGUUUCACUGCGAUCGCGACGGGCGAUUUCACUAUUCUCGGAAUCGAGCUCAGACCAGGAAGUCGUUAGACUGCCCUUGCUCAAACGAGUGCCACUGCCAAAGACUCCUCACGGCCGCUCCAGGAGGUUGUUGAUCCCGGCUUCUGACAGUCUACCAUUGGCUGCGAUAAGUAUGCGGGCAGAUGCCCAGUUUAUACACCGCCAAGACCAAUUUCGUCUCACGUUGAACUCUCUCCCUAACCCGGGAGUCCAACAACAUGUGGAAGAUGCGUGUGUCGUGGGUGACACUGUUGUCAUUGGCUACAAUAGCGGGCCAACUCAGGUUACAUUCAUCCCUAUUACUACAGAAGCUCCUUGCAGAGUCGAUGCGCGGGCUUUGCCACAUGUCAGCUCUCCUCAGAUGUCAAGAUCUUCUGGGGUGGGUAUAAGGUGCCUCGCCGCGAUGCAUGCGGCGGCCGGCUCUGUUGAAUUUUUUACAGGAGGUCACGACCGACGCAUUUUUAAGUGGAGCGCCGAUGCGCAAUCUCUAGAAGAGCCGACCGUCACCAACAUUAAUGCCUUCCUGGAUUCUGGUGUCUCCGCGAUGGCUUAUCGCCAUCACGACAACUCCCUCGUGUCCUCUGAUACUAAGAAACUAUAUGUUACGGACCUUACCCGAUUGCACACGCCUAGCCCAGCCCAGGUCUCCAACGAUGUCAAUCAGAUACAUGUCCACCCCCAAAUGCCAAACUUGACGCUGCUGGAGGUCCGACAUCUCGAUCAUCAAAUAUUGAUUUUUGACCGCAGGAGGGGUGGCUUCGACAAAGCUCCAUGUUGCACAUUUGGAUAUCGCGAUGCUAAAGCAAGAUUUCAGUCAUCGUACACUAAGGGCAGCAUCCACCAUACUUUUUUUGCACGUGGUCAUCAAGAUGGAACUGUUGUCCUCUGGGACUUCCGUAACGUUAAGAACAUUGUGACGAAGAGACAAAGCCAGCUCACUGAGUCGGUGGUGCAUACAGUGAUUUCGGACAGCCACGUUGUGACUUUCGGCGAUGGUGUGGCAAGUGGUGUGGUGACGUUUUUGAACGAUUUUUUGCAUAGUUGACAACUGUCCCUUGGUCCUCUUCAUCACCCUGAGUUGCGAUCCUGGCGGAUACCUUCCAGCCUGGCAAACCACGCAUGUUUAUUCCAUUACCAAUAUUUCUGCCGACUGUUUACAGUAUAGAUCUUGAAUCUGCGAAUAGGACGGAUGUGAUCAACACUU